UGAUCUCAUUACUGUUGAAGUGUGAAUUUGCUGACUGGAGUCACAGCGCUGGUGUUCUCUUUUGAGGGGCAAAAAUGGAGAAAAUAUCUCUUGCAUUUAUUUUACUCUAUGCAGCUCUAACGGUUGCAAAAUAUGUGGAACCUGUACCACCAUACGAAGAAGCAUUUCAAGAGCGCGAAGAGUACAGUUUACCAAAGCUCCCUUACAACUACAGCGAUUUGGAGCCCUUUAUUGAUGAAGAGACGGUUAGGGUGCAUUAUUUGCGCCAUCACGAGGCGUACACGCAACAGUUGAACCACGUUCUUAAAGUAUGGAGAAACUCAAGCGAAGAAGGUAAAGAGCUUGCGUCAAAGUCAAUUGUAGAAAUAUUAAAGCAUAUUGAUGAAGUUCCAGCUAAAUAUCAGCAUCAUGUUAAGAAUGUUGGAGGCGGGUACUUCAACCAUGCAUUAUACUGGGCAACAUUGACACCAAAUCCAACAGGCGAAGAACGUGAACCUGGUCCUGUAACCCAACAGCUUAUUUACAAUACAUUUGAGACCCCAGAUCGUUUACGAAGAUGGAUCAUCCACGAAGCCUUGGACCUGUUCGGUUCUGGAAACCUGUGGAUCUGUGUGGAUCCAAAACUACCCAGGCACAUCACCCUGUACUCCUUGGGUAACCAAGAUACCCCCUUUUCAAAUGGUUUGUUUCCUAUUUUGUUGGUUGAUGUCUGGGAGCAUGCAUACUACCUUAAACACCGCAACAAACGACGCGACUAUCUGGAUGCUUGGUGGAAAUUAGUGAACUGGAAGACUGUUGAAGAUCUCAUCAACCGAUAUGGUGUAAAUCAGUUGCAUGAUGAACUAUAGGAAUCUUUAAAAUCCUUAUUUAAAUUGCUAGGGAAAUUUGUAGUGCAUGUACUAAACUUUGGAUAUUUAAAAAAUUAAGGCCAGAACUAUUGUCAAUUUUUGUGGUUUGUGUUAUAUAUCUUAGCUGAUUGCUUUGAAAUAUUGGGAAAUUUUUACUUUCACAAUUUUUAUUAUUAUCACAUUUUCUGCAAAUGUAUUAGCAUAAUUUGCAGUGCAUAACAUUUGUACCUAUCACAACACCGCAUUAUAAGUUUUCGUCCAGGCUGAACUUUUUUUG